CAGACGCCACUGUCGCGGCUCGACGUUCGCCGACUCGCUGCGUAUUUCGUGACGUUAUACCGCGGAUCCGUCGGAUUUUCGCGUUUUUCGCGCCUCAGCGUUGUGACCGUCGAGUAUUAGUGUGCGCCGACAAUCUUUAUCUGCGUUGAACGAGAAGCAGCAUGUCCACGAGUGUUCGAACAGAUUAAAACCGAGGGAAAAGCAGAGAGAAGACAGUGGCCGUGCGUGUACCAGGCAUGGAGUGGACUCAGUGCGCUCGUUUCAAAUCGUUACGAGCCGUUACCGCAGCCCCAGUCGAACCAAGGUCGCAGUGUAGCCGCGAGGAUGUGAGCAAGGAUGCGCGCAGGAGUGCGUGAGAUCGUCGUGAUCGCCGGAGGAUGGCCGCGACGCUCGUUCCGACGCGCGUUUCAACGUGAUCCCUCGAGGCAAGCAGGGAACGCGAGGGACCGGCCACGCCGUCGAGCCGAUGCAUUGAAGCCUCGUCAGCGGUGUCUGUAAUAGCGAGGAGGAGGAGGAGGUGGAGGAGGAGGAGCAGGAGGAGGAGGAGGAAGAUACGGAAACCAGCCAAGAGACAGGCAGCGCGGAGGAGAAACAGGAUGGAGGAAGUGCGAGGUUCUCCGGCGCGACGCCUUUCGCAAAUCCUCGACCCGAUCGCGCGGCUCGCUACCGAUUUUGGCUCGAACUCGGCCCCCUGCAGUCCUAGACUCGGUGUACGCGGUCACGAGGCGAGCAGUGGCAUCGUCCAAACCGGGCCAGCAACCGAAGUCGCGGCGCGUAGACAGCAAGCAGCUGGCCCGGAGUCGAGCCGCAGUGGCAGCGGUUUGCCAACCGGAGCGGAGAGUCCUCGACUAUGGCCGAGGCAGUUUCGUCAGGCGCCAGCUCCACCCCCGCGACCCAGACACGCGAACAACGCGAACAACAAUCAUGCAGCGGCGAUCGCCGCCUCCGGAAGUCUCCCGGCUCCGGUCCAUGCCAGGGACUCACCAUACGUCAACGUGCCGAACUUGCUCUUCCAAAAAGAUAAGGGAUUCGCAGAGGCCGCGAGAAGCGCCGGCUACGUCGAGCUCCGAGACACCAAGCCAAAGUGUAGCCCCUACGACUUUACGUCGGAGUCGAGCGGCCACGUGGAAUACACGGACAAACGAACGUUCGCCGCACAGACCGACUUCGACGGUACCUCCGGCUGCUUCGACGGCAGUGAUCUAGCUGCAUUUGCCAGGGCUAGGUCGAACUUUGAUCCUGGACCGGCGCCACCACGUGGUGGGCAUUUCGAUCGGGCGUACUCAUUUUCCGGAAGGCAGCCAGAGCAGACCAGCGGUAGGAUUUUCGCGGAGAAUCGACUGUACGUGGAGCAGAGGAACGCUGUGGCAGCGGCGGCUGCGGCGGCUGUUAGCUCGGACACGAAGAAGGAGAAGCUCGAGAGCAGACCCGCUUAUGGCGCGUCCAAGAGCUUCGAUGGAUACUCGAGCGCGGUGGAGGAGCUUAAUUGGCAGGAGAGGUGCCUCGAGUUGCAACUCGAACUGCACAGAAGCAGAAGCCAGGCCACCAGGGUGCGAGACAUGCUUCGCGAGAAGGUGAGUCUGUUUACUUUGCUCUUUUCCUUUUCGCUCGUCCCUCGUUUCUCCGUUCUCUCUCCAUCGGCCUCGUCCGAGUUUCGUCUAGAAACUUCAGCUCUGGCGGUCGACCAGCGUGAAACUCGAGGUAACUUCGUUGGAAGUUUACUCGGUUACGAUUGACUCUAUGUAACGUGUCGGGUAUUUAACGUGUCCGUUAUUGUUCCAACGCGGAGAGAAAAAAAGAUAG